GUUGACCGGUACGCAGAUUUCUCCGAAACGAUGCCGGCUUCGAGACUUUUCCUUAGCACCUACGCCAUCCGCAACUACCGUUCAAAGAAGAGAAGAUUCCCCCCUCCUUAAGUCACACGCGAACGCUCUCGAUCCGUUUCUGUAUCGUUUUGGCAAACAAAGGAAGAAUUUUUACGGAGGAAUCCAUUUCUUGCGGUGGGGGAGGACAAAGAUCGCUUUUUUACGAGUGUCCCGAUGAAGCUCAACAAGUUCUGCGCCGCUCUGGCGGUCGUGGCGGUGGUCCUGUGUGCGUCGAGCGAAGUGGGUCUGUGCAGGCAUGGCCAGAUCAUCAGGAUGAAGCCUGGAGGGGUUCAUAACUGCAAGGGUCAUCAGAACAGCGCCCAGAUCGAGAGCCUGGCUCGUUUCGCUGUUGAGGAGCACAAUAAAAAUGAGAAUGCGCUUCUCGAGUUUGCUCGUGUGUUGAAGGCCAAAGAGCAGGUAGUCGCUGGGACUAUGUACCAUCUUACCCUUGAGGCUGUUGAUACCGGCAAGAAGAAGAUCUAUGAAGCGAAAGUGUGGGUGAAGCCGUGGAUGAACUUCAAGCAGCUGCAGGAGUUCAAGUAUGCUCAGGAUGUGCCCACCUCCAUGACUUCUGAUCUUGGCGUUAAACGAGGUCACUGAGAGUUCUGCCAGAUCUCGGUUGCUUCUGAAGGUGAGGGGGGAAGCAAAGGAGAAAUAGCAGACUUUAUCUAUAUCAAUGGGUGGACUACAUCCAUUCCAUGUUAAAAUAAUUAUGAGGUAUGUGUAAAAGAAUUUGUGGACAUGUAUGGUAAAUUGAGUCCAUAUGCAGAAGAGCUGCGCUAUCUAGCUCUUUGACGUUUGAGAUAUCACAUCGAGUUUGGGAAAAUAGUACCUAUUCAGUCACUAUGUACAUAUAAAGUUAAAACUUUUUAUGAUCUUGCGUAUGUAGUUUGUUUGU